GACGCCGCGAAGCCCCGCUGCGGGCGGCGCGGCCCCGGGGGCGCGGGGCAGGACGCGCCGGGAAGGGGAGGAGACCGGCGGGCGGGCGAAGGGACCCGCUCCCGGCAGGCCGGGGCUAUGCCGAGCGGGGCCGCCAGGCGUCCCUGUGGCAGGACUCCCGGCCCGUCUCGCCCGCCCCACCGCUCCCUGCUCCGGAGCUCGCUUCCCGUCCUCCCGGGGCGCGGCCGGCAGCCCAGCGCCAUGGGGAGGGAGAGGCCGCGGGCCGGGGCGCCCCCGGCUCAGGGCCGGGUGAUGUUUGAGGAGGUGGCCAUCUGGUUUUCCCGGGAGGAGUGGGAGAUGCUGGCAGACUGGCAGAAGGAGCUGUACCGGGCCGUGAUGCUGGAGAACUAUGAGAAUCUGUUUCUUCUAGGCCAUGCAGAUGCCAAACCUGAGAUGAUAACCAAGCUUGAACAAGGGGAAGAGCUGUGUGUCGGGGACCAGCAGGCCCCGGAGGGGAGAGAAAUUCUUCCAAGUGCUUCCAGGGGAAUUGGAUGCAGGGCUCCUGUCUGCUAAUUUCUAAUUAUGAUCUGCAAAAAAACCUACAGUUUUCAGGUGCCUAAGUAGCCCUUGGAAUCAUGGUUAAAGUUGUGAGACCCGCCCCCCCCCUGCAAAAUCUGAAGUGGUGCCCCUGUGAGGAGGGCCAUGCAGGUUUGUGGAAUUUAGGAAAAAAGGUACAAAAUUUUGGGGAUACGUAUAAAGUUAUGGGAUAGGGAACACUGCGUUAUGGGAAGUUGAUCCCAUGCUCCCAGUCACCUCUGUGUGACCCAUUUGGGCCCUAGUAUGUGUUCCCAAAAUAUAGUGCAGUGGAUGGUGGCGAGUUGCACAGUGAGAUACAUACCCACGAUGCACCGCACUCUGAAUCAAAACAAGCACUCCUGGUGCGUAUGCUCACCGCUGACACAUGGAAUCAAGUAGGAGAGCGCUUCAGUCUCCCUGGACACUCAAUAACAGACUUAAAAGUGGCCGUUCUUCAACAAAAAAACUUCAAAACCAGACUUCAACGAGAAACGGCUGAACUGGAAUUAAAUUGCAAACUGGACACCAUCAAA